AUGGCGCCGCGUCUCUGGAUUAUGACGACCCUGUCCAGCGGAAACGUUAACCCCUUACAUCGACAACGGGUCAAAGGUCGUGACAUCAUUGUCACUGAGGAACCUCGACUGCAUUUGAUCUGGAUCCACGACCGCAUAUUCGUUAAACCUCUUCCACGAUAUUUGCUAUCGCACGCGUUUUGGGAGACGUACCUAGACGAGAGUUCAGACCGACUGGGCGAUAGUCAAAGCAAUAUUCGCAAGGCUGCGACUGGAUGCCUGCGGACGUACCGCUACUUGAUCCAGCACGAAUCGGAUUUCAACAUUGCUCAACAAGACAACCUUCGUCUUAUCCCCAAGGACGUGGAUUGGGCAUCAUUCUGCCAACUCAUUUCAGAACUCAACCAUAUUGAGGACUCAGCGGUGUCAAGACGGUACGGCUACGGCGAGCUAAGGCUAACGCGACUCAACUUCUAUGCUCCGCUGUUUUUACGCAAAUUUCACUUUGAACAGGUGCAUGGACAAUAUGGAGAUUUCUUUGGGCGGCUGUAUGGACCUAUAUUGUUCGUGUUCGCUCUAGUCUCCACAAUCUUGAAUUCCCUGCAGGUUGCGCUUGCGGUCGAGCAGUUGGUGGCCGCUCAUUGGGAGUCAGUCUGGUAUCUGUCUCGCUGGUUUAGCAUGGUAAGCCUGGUAGGAGCAGCUAUUAUCUCGAUGUGGCUCGUCCUGCUUUGGCUAUGGCUAUUUCUGGAUGAGUGGGUCUAUACUGCAAGACGCAAGAUGGAGAAGAGGCGAGACACCCGUAGUACAUUAUCGUGUUAG